UCUCCAUUCAACCGGAAGUAGUCGCUGUAGAGAGAGAAGACAUAUGAGUGUUUUCGUCUACUGCAGGCUGGUAUCUCAGUGAGCUGCUUCAGAUGGUGUUUCAAAUUAUACUUGUAUUCCUUGAAGGUCUCUGUCAGCAUUAGUUUUGGAAUGUCAGGAAACAUUCAGCUUACAGGCGGAUAAAAACGUCACGCACAGUUUCAUGUUUUCCUGACUAAGGCUUGUGAAUGUCCCUAAUACUGACAGCCAUGAGUGACAACGCAAUGACCAGUGGCAAGCAGCAGUGGGCAGGGUCUCGGGGACCCUAUAUCUCAGUCAUCACCAACAGGACCACCAACCUGUUGAUCCGAGGGGGCAUGCUGUUCUCUGUUGGCGUCUUCCUUGCCCUGGUGCUUAACUUACUUCAGGUGCAGAGACAUGUCACCCUCUUUCCCCCCGAUGUCAUCAGCAGUAUCUUCUCCUCAGCCUGGUGGGUGCCGCCCUGCUGUGGCACAGCCUCAGCAAUGAUUGGGUUGUUGUACCCCUGCAUCGACAGCCGUCUGGGUGAGCCACACAAGUUUAAACGGGAAUGGUCCAGCGUGAUGCGGUGCGUGGCUGUGUUUGUGGGCAUCAACCAUGCCAGUGCUAAAGUGGACUUUGCUAACAACGUCCAGUUGUCUCUGACUCUGGCGGCACUCUCCAUUGGUCUGUGGUGGACAUUCGAUCGCUCCCGCAGUGGCUUUGGUCUGGGAGUCACCAUCGCUCUGCUGGCAACACUGGCCACUCAGCUCCUGGUUUACAAUGAAGUCUUUCAGUAUACCUCUCCAGAUUUCCUGUAUAUUCGCUCAUGGUUACCCUGCAUCUUCUUUGCAGGGGUUAUAACAAUGGGAAACAUAGGACGGCAGCUAGCCUUGUAUGAAUAUAAAUUCCUUCAGGAGAAGACCCAUCAAGACUGAGGGAUGUUUUGGCUUCAUCGGGCCUCUGCUCACAAUGACUUUGUCUUCAUCCCAAUGUGAGACCAGAGACUGGUUAUCAGAGAGCAUUUGCAUGUAGCAUAGACCAGAGUGAGCUGACCUUGGACAGUCCAUUUAAGUCUGAACAAGACAGUAUUUUUGAUUGGCUCUCAUCAGGCCUUUCGAUGAUCAUGGCAGCUGCCGGCCACAUUCCACCCUGAGCUAAGGAGAACAAUAAGAGUAUAGCUUGUCUCUUUUUUUCCUUUGGUGCAGUUUAUCUCUACUUACUUGGAAAUGGAUUAGUGUUGAAGCAACUAUCGUUGUUCAAAUCAACACAGAUGUUUCAAACCUUUGGCUCCAUUGUGCCAAACACAAUCAUACAGGAUCAGUUUUAAGGCUGCUCUUGUCUCCUGAUUUUUCCACAUCCUGCACAUAAUCAGUGGAGAACACACAGUGUACUUAAUGUAUGUCUACAGAGAUAUGCAUCCAUGUCCCAGACCUUUUAUUGUAUGUAGUUUACUUAUAUCUACUUUUACAUUUUCUUGAAGACAAUGUCAAAUAACGGAAUGAUGAUGGGUGCUGUAUGAGAAUCUACCCUGCCUGUGGGGAUCCAGGGGGUUCAGUGUUCACCUGAGUUAGGUAUUUCUUUCAGCCACACCAAGUCUUUUUGUCACCAACAUGUUCAUUAUAGUCAGGAUACAUGAAGCUCUAUGGGUUUUGAUUGAAUGUGAAAGGUAUGUUUGGAAGAAGAAAUCAUCAUACAGGAACACUAGGAUCAGCUAUAAUCAUAAGAAAUACUGUUUUCAUUUCUGCAAGCGACACUUAGCAAAAAAUGUCUCUAUAACCUUUUCCGUUGCUUGUUAAAAAUAAGCAAAAGGCAGCAUUUGCUUUCCCCAAUACAGCCGGAAUGCCAAAAAAUUCCAGCCUAUUUUCUUUAUGGAGCUUAAACAUAAAAUUAUGUUGGGAUACCUGACACAUAUUCUACUAGAUAAUAGAGAUGGGACCUUAGAACUUAACUUGGAAUCAAAUAAAUUCUCUUGAGUGUGUGUCAAGAUUGUAUGUAUGAUACAUAUAACAAAAUGUGUUAGCUUAAUAUUUACAGAUAAUGCACACUAGCUUAGAGCCAUGUACACCAUGUAAACUGGACAUCUCUUGGCAGUUUGUGUUCUGUUUUCACUGAUGGUGUUAUGAGUUUGGGGUAUUUUUGUCAGUCACUUAGGAUCUAGACUGUGGACUUAUUUUCAUACACAUGAAUCUAUAGUACUGCGUAUUUUCCUUUUUUUUUUUUUUGGGUGGGUUAGAUAAUUAACUCUUGGAUGUGUUUGUUCUGAGUGUAAUACAGGCAUGGGUUUGCGCAAAGAAAGCCUGUAAAUAUGGUGAUUAGCAGUGUUAAAUUCUUGCUGCAUUUAUGCAGCAUGUUUGUUGGCUUGAUAUAUUGAGAAACCACCUUUUAGCAAUUAAUAAAUACAGAAAAAUCCACUUGCAGUAUAUAAACAUUGAGCACUUAUGUCUCUGUAAGUGAGUGUAUAAGUGUAUAACUCAGGGUUUCCCCCAGAAAACUUGCUAAGCCUGGUGGUUGGGCUGCUAGAGAAGCCCACCAUGUUUAUGUAAUAAUAAAUAAAAAAAAGUUAAAAGUUGACAGAAAUUUUGAAAUUA